AUGGCCAUUGUGGUUACUCCUUUUAUAUUUCUUCUUGACCUGUGCGCAGGCCUAAGCAUGGCCUUUCUGUUUAUAGCAUACUCGGCACACGAAAGACUGAACAAGCACCCGCAGAACAGGUUGCAUGUUUUUGACUCUGCAAACAUUUCAUUGGCAGUUGUUCUUACCUCGCUGUUUCUUCUGUGGUCGGCCGGGUGUCUCAUUGGAAGCUACUUUGGGAACUAUGGGGUGUUUGUAUAUCCUAUUAUAAAAUCCUUUAGAAGCCUGCUUACUAUAGAGAUGCUGAUAGACAUCUUCCAGAAAACGCUGUGCUUUCUUGUUCUGGCUAUGGCUUCCUUCCAAAUGUCCUCUCUGGGGAACCACGAAGUGCUUGUUCCGUGGGGAGGGGUCUGCGCGUCUGUGGGGCUCAUCCAAGGCGGGGCCAUGGGAAUCAUGGUUGUGGCGUUUAAGGGGUUUGCAGCUUGGAUUAUUCUGUAUGCGUUCAGCGCGCUCAUAUCGGCUGGGCUGUGCAUUUUCAGCGUCCUGAGCAUAGCCAUUUUGCAGCACAACAGGGCCCCCAACAACAUGGUUGGAUACCUUUCUAACAAAGCAUUGGACUGGAACAUCAGGUCCUGCUCUAUGAUUUUGGCAAGUGGCGCGCUUGAUUUUUUCUACAAGGCGUUGUUUGUGCUUAUGGAGGUGGGGGCGAUGGAAAAAAUGCAGCUUCUGAUAGACAUUUUGUCGCUGUGUAAGUCCGCAUCGUCCGUUUUGUGCAUACUUUCUGUAUACUCAUCAAGAAUACCCAGAGACAAAUCUUACAGUGUGAAAAGCUUUAAUUAG